AUGGAUUACGCUCCAACCUCGGCCCCGGACGGCGGAUCGCCGCGCUCCUUUGCCAUCGCCCAUCAGCGAUCCAAAACGAGCUUUCGCGGCUGCUCCCGCAUCGGAGACUACGAACUACAAGGGAAACUCGGUGAAGGAACUUUUGGUGAGGUUCACCGAGCUCGGUCAAAGAAGACGGGUGCAAUCGUCGCCUUGAAAAAAAUCAUCAUGCACAAUGAGAAGGAUGGAUUCCCCAUCACUGCUCUGCGAGAAAUCAAACUCCUCAAAAUUCUCAAUCACGUCAACGUUCUCCGUCUAGAAGACAUGGCUGUAGAGCAUCCCUCACGAUCCUCCGAAAAACGAAAAAAGUACAUCAUGUACACCGUCACACCGUACAUGGACCACGAUCUCUCCGGGUUACUCGACAACCCCGCUGUCCAUUUUAAAGAAGGUCAGAUCAAGUGCUAUUUGAUUCAGCUCCUACAAGGCCUACGUUACCUCCACGAUCAGCAUAUUCUGCAUCGAGACAUGAAGGCGGCCAACCUGCUCAUCAGUAACACGGGCAACCUUCAAAUUGCCGAUUUUGGUCUUGCGCGGCAUUACAGCGGGCCGACGCCGCAGCCCGGCCGGCCCAUGGGGGAUGGUCGUCGAGACUACACUGGUCUCGUCGUUACGAGGUGGUACCGCCCUCCGGAGCUGCUAUUGCAGCUGCGCCAAUACACGACAGCUAUUGACGUCUGGGGUGUUGGAUGCGUGUUUGGAGAGAUGCUUGUCGGUAAGCCUAUACUCUCAGGAGAAAGCGACAGCCAUCAGCUCGAUAUCAUUUGGGACCUCCUUGGCUCCCCCACGGAAGAGAACAUGCCUGGCUGGAAGAGUCUCCCCGGCGCCGAGCACAUGUCGCCGCGCCCACGUCCGGGCAAUCUUCAAAAUCGUUUCAGAGAGUUCGGAAGUGGCGCAAUAUCACUCCUCAAAGAGCUGAUGAAGCUGGACUGGAGGACACGCAUCAAUGCCGUCGACGCGCUGGAACACGCCUACUUCAAAAUGGAGCCAUUACCAAUGGAGCCGCAUGAGAUUCCCACGUACGAGGAAAGCCACGAGCUGGACCGUAGAAAGUUUCAAGACCGCAAGGCAGCCCUGCCACCCGCUCCUAAAGGUGGCACCGUUGGUAUUGGGCCGGACGCGAAUGGAGCAACGGCGGGCUUCAACAGCGGCGAUGGCUACGGGCGAAAUGGCGCCGCUAAUGGCAGAUUCCGUGGCGCAGACGAUCACAGAAGACCAGCCUGGCAGCGCGAGCGCGGAGGACAUCCUCCCAGCCGCGGCCCUCCGCCGGACAGAGGGGGCCGAGAUGAUGACUAUCGCGAUCGUGAUCGGGGAGCGCCUCGAAGUCGUCCUGGCGGUGGCCUAGGAGGACAGCGGGGCGCCCCCGAUACGGACACGUAUAUUCCCAGCUACGGGCGUGACGAUGGAGCGCGACGCCGAGACGACCGACCGCCGCGCGACGACCGACGCCCGCCAAGAGAUGACCGUCGUCCAGACCGCGAGAGAGACCACCGCACUAGCAGGAGCCGGUCUCCAGGAAUGGAGCGGCGCGAUCAUCGCGAGCGUGAGCGCGAAAUGUACCGGCGAUAG